AUGGAGUUUUUUGUUUGGCUAACAUCUGCUCCCAACCAGCCACGGUUCUCCCAACUACCACCAGAGCUGCGGCUCAAGAUUUGGGAAUACAGCCUGCCUGCACCGCGCAUCGUUUCUGUGCGCUGCGGUGCCAAGACACCAUUGCCCUCGCCGUCUUCGUCCUCGCCGUCCUCAUCGUCCCUGUCACCAAGACGGCGCGGCCACGCAUUGGAUGAUUGCACUGCCUGCAGUCCCGCUUGCUCGUCCCCCGCGUCGUCGUCAUCAUCGCCAUCCCCGUUGCGCUUAACCUCCCCGUUGCAAUCACCUUCGCCGUCACCGCCACCACCACCGCCGCCACCGCCACAGUCUGUACCGCCACCUCCGUCCACAACCUCCUCCCCGCCCUGCUGGUGCACCUCCCCGGCGCCGCUCCCGCCAAACCUUCAUGUGUGCCACGAGUCCCGCGUCGAAGCCUUGCGCCGCUAUGCCCGCAUGUUUGGCAUCGCCCGCCAACCGGGACACGUCUACUUCGACCCUGAGCGCGACAUCUUGUACUUUGGCCCCCGCGACGGCUACAUGGCCGCCGAGGCGCAGUUGCGCACACUGCUUGUGCUGGCAGAUCCAGAGGAGCUGACACUGGUGGAGCGGGUCGCCCUGAGUGAGGGGAUUCUGGACCGGCAAAGAUUGCCCUCUUCGUCCGCUUUGACCGCGUCGUCCUUGUCGCCUUUGUCGUCAUCGACGUCGCCAGCGUCGACCAACCUCGCAGUCGAUGUGCUGCACCAGCUGCGCACACGGCUGCCGAAUUUGCGCGAGCUCUUUGUGGUGCCACUCGAGGAGAAUCUGGUGGGGCGUGUCGGUGCCACGGUGGUGGAGGCGGAAUCCGCUACAACCGACCCCAACGCCGGCACGGAACGUCCGGCCGCCGCGGCCACGAGCCACCUGGCCCUCCACAUGCGCACUGCCCUGCGCCGUGUCUGCGCCGCCGCACCGGACUGGACGCCGCCACGGUGGCGCAUCUUGGUGACCGACAGCAGUGACAACGCGCAGUCGCGGCGUGCAGUUGGACGGCAAGGCAUGCUGCGAGCCGAAAACGUCAAGCCAGUCUCCCGACAAGCAGCAAAAGCUGGCCAAGCACAAGGCUCUGUCGACGGUGAUGUGCUGCCAGAACAGAAGCAGCAGUAG